CCCCAGGCCUGCAGAGGGCGUUGCCCCUUGGAGAGCCGGGGCGUGGCGCCGCUCUAGCCUGCGCCUGGGCUCGGUGGCGGGCGCCGCAGCUUAGCGUGCCCCACGCCUCCCCUCGGCGCAGGUCUCUCGGGCUUCCACUGGACCCCUCCCCUGUCCUGAGCCCUGAGCCGGCACCAUGCACGGGCGCCUGAAGGUGAAGACGUCGGAAGAGCAGGCGGAGGCCAAAAGGCUAGAGCGGGAGCAGAAGCUGAAGCUAUACCAGUCAGCCACCCGGACUGUCUUCCAGAAGCGCCAGGCUGGUGAGCUGGAUGAAUCGGUGCUGGAACUGACAAGCCAGAUUCUGGGAGCCAACCCCGACUUUGCCACCCUCUGGAACUGUCGACGCGAGGUGCUUCAGCAGCUGGAAGCCCAAAAGUCCCCCGAGGAGUUGGCGGCCCUGGUGAAGACAGAACUGGGCUUCCUGGAGAGCUGCCUGCGGGUGAACCCCAAGUCCUAUGGUACUUGGCACCACCGCUGCUGGCUGCUGGGCCGCCUGCCAGAGCCCAACUGGGCCCGGGAGCUGGAGUUAUGUGCCCGCUUCCUCGAGGUCGAUGAACGGAACUUUCACUGCUGGGACUACCGGCGCUUUGUGGCUGCACAGGCAGCUGUGCCCCCUGCAGAGGAGCUAGCCUUCACCGACAGCCUCAUCACCCGAAACUUUUCCAACUACUCCUCCUGGCAUUACCGCUCCUGUCUCUUGCCCCAGCUGCACCCCCAGCCAGACUCUGGACCACAGGGACGCCUCCCUGAGGAUGUGCUCCUCAAAGAGCUGGAGCUGGUACAGAACGCCUUCUUCACUGACCCCAAUGAUCAGAGCGCCUGGUUUUAUCACCGCUGGCUCUUGGGACGAGCUGACCCCCAGGAUGCCCUGCGCUGCCUGCACGUGAGCCGGGACGAGGCCUGUCUGACUGUCUCCCUCUCUCGGCCCGUCCUAGUGGGGUCCGGGACAGAGACCUUGCUGCUGACAGUGGACAAGUCACCCCUGGCUGUGGAGUGGAGGACCCCAGAUGGCAGGACCCGGCCCAGCCACGUCUGGCUCUGUGACUUGCCUGCCGCCUCCCUCAAUGACCAGUUGCCCCAGCAUACAUUUCGUGUCAUUUGGACAGCAGGCGAUGCCCAAAAGGAGUGUGUGCUUUUAAAAGGUGACACAGCCUCUAUCUCUACCCCUUGCGGCAGCACUUUUCAUCCUUGCCCUGCUCUCACACUGGUCCCCUUCUACCACCCGUUCUUAUUCUCAGGCCGCCAGGAGGGCUGGUGCCGGGACUCAGCCACGGAUGAGCAGCUCUUCAGGUGUGAGCUGUCGGUGGAGAAGUCCACGGUGCUCCAGUCUGAACUUGAAUCCUGUAAGGAGCUGCAGGAGCUGGAGCCGGAGAAUAAGUGGUGCCUGCUCACCAUCAUCCUGCUGAUGCGGGCACUGGACCCCCUGCUGUAUGAGAAAGAGACGCUGCAGUAUUUCCAGACCCUCAAGGCCGUGGACCCGAUGCGGGCAGCGUACCUGGAUGACCUGCGCAGCAAGUUCCUGCUGGAGAACAGCGUGCUCAAGAUGGAGUAUGCCGAGGUGCGCGUGCUGCACCUGGGUCACAAGGAUCUGACGGUACUCUGCCAUCUGGAACAGCUGCUCUUGGUCACUCAUCUGGACCUGUCACACAAUCGUCUGCGCGCCCUGCCCCCUGCCCUGGCUGCCCUGCGCUGCCUCGAGGUCCUGCAGGCCAAUGAUAAUGCCAUAGAGUCCCUGGAUGGUGUCACCAGCCUGCCCCGGCUGCAGGAGCUCUCCCUGUGUAACAACCGCCUCUGGCAGCCCACACUGCUCCAGCCUCUUGCCUCCUGCCCCAGGCUGGCCCUCCUCCACCUGCAGGGCAACCCCCUGUGCCAAGCAGUGGGCACCUCUGAGCACCUGGCAGAGCUGUUGCCUUCAGUUAACAGCAUCCUCACCUAGGAGAUCCUUCCCCACCCUUGCUCUUUAACUUAUUGGGACUGAAUAAACAAUGGAGAGGCCCCCUCGGGCUGCUACGCCG